GAAAACAGUCUACUGCUUUGUUCAUCUGAGCAUUCAGGAGUUUCUGGCUGCAGUGUACAUGUUCCACUGUUACACCAACAGAGACACAGCGGUACUGAAGGACUUCCUGAAGAGAGACUGGGACUAUGAGAACAGUAACAGCAGUGAUCAGGAGUACCCAUCCCUGGAUUUCUUCCUAAAAGGAGCCAUGGCGAAAUCCCUCAGAAGUGAAAAUGGCCACCUGGACCUGUUUGUCCGCUUUCUCCACGGCCUCUCUCUGGAGUCCAACCAGAGACUGUUAGGAGGCCUGCUGGGUCGCACAGACAAGCGUCCAAAAAUCAUCCAGAGACUCUUCAAAGGCCAGCUGGGUCGCACAAACCAUCCAGAAAUCAUCCAGAGAGCCAUCAACAACCUGAAGGAGAUGAACAGUGAUAAUAUCUCUCCUGACAGGACCAUCAACAUCUUCCACUGUCUGACAGAGAUGAAGGACCACUCAGUACAUCAGGAGAUCACAGAGUUCCUGAAGUCAGAGAACAGAUCAGAGAGACUCUCUGAGAUCCACUGCUCUGCACUGGCCUACAUGCUGCAGAUGUCAGAGGAGGUUCUGGAUGAGUUGGACCUGGAGAAGUACAACACAUCAGCUGAGGGAAAACAGAGACUGAUUCCAGCUGUGAGGAACUGCAGGAAGGCCAAACUUAUCAGCUGUGGACUCUCAGAGACUCACUAUGAAGUCGUGGCCUCAGCUCUGAAGUCUGACCCCUCCCAUCUGAGAGAUCUGAACCUGAGUGGCAGCACUCUGGAGGCUUCAGGAGUGGAGCUGCUGAGCUCUGGACUAAAGAGUCCAAACUGCAGACUGGAGACUCUCAGACUGGAGCUUUGCAGGUUGUCAGAGAUCAGCUGUUCUGCUCUGGCCUCAGCUCUGAAGUCCAACAUCCAUCUGAGGUAUCUGGACCUGGGUUACAACGCUCUGAAGGAUUCAGGAGUGAAGCUGCUGAGAGAUCUUCUGGAGAGUCCAGACUGCAGACUGCAGACUCUCAGGUCAGUUCACUGACUCUCUGUUACUGCUGGAGAUCUCAUGUUUCAUUAGUUAUUCAACCUGAUUCUUCUACAUAAUUAACUUACAUCCAUUAAGUUGUAAAUGUUGUUUUAUUCAUACUUUCAUUUGUAGGUACUAAAGUAAGAACUGCAGAGAUACAUGUUGACUGAUUCUUAAAGGAACUGUAAUAGAUGUUAGUUGUAAAAAGUAAAUCUAUGUUUUUAAUAUUUAGUAAACGAUAACUUCUGAAUAAAGUUCAUCUGAAGUCAUAUUAGUUUUACAGGAUAAAGUUGACUUUCUGAAGAAGACAUAUGUUUUUGUUCCCAUUCAUUUCAAUGUUGAGUAACACAUCUGAUUAUAAACAGAUUGUUAUCCUCAUCAUGUUUUCUUUAUUCAGUCUGAGGCACUGCAGUUUGUCAGAGAUCAGCUGUUCUGCUC